UUCAUGUUAGUAAUAAUAUUGUCAAUAUAUAAAGAACUGAUGAUGAUGAUGAUGAUGAUGAUGAUGAUGAUGAUGAUGAUGAUGAUGGUGGUGAUGAAUUGACAGCCUCGAGCACUCGCUUUAGGGAUGAAUAGGGAAAAUCAGAUCAGCCUCAAGAGCAAUCUCGGACUCGAGUUGGCCUGUCCGGCAGGAGCGCAUGCGCACUGUGCGCCCCGCUGCUUUCCUUUUCAGCAGCUGCUCGGAGGAGCCGGAAUUCCAACAUGGCAGUAUCGGUGGUGGUCAGUCUCACCCGCAAUAACUUGGAGCGGCUCCAAAACACCAGCGACUGAGACCCGGACUGGACGGAGCGGAAGUCUCGCGCGCUUCCCGACGAGCAUAGCCGGUCGCCAAAAAGCGCGUGACGGCUCCGCUGUCUCCUCAAAUAAACAGCGACAUGAUGAGCAGUGUAUAUGGCGUGACGAUGCAGUGGGCCCCUGAGCAGACGCAGUGGGCGGAGCAGCACUAUGACAUCACAUCGACCACACGUUCCCCAGCACGCAAGUUCGAACCUUUCCGCAGUCAAAGGUUAACCAGUUCUACAAGCACAGCGUACCAUCAUUCAUGGGCUAACGAUGACAUUUCUGCCCUGACUGCCUCCAACUUGCUAAAACGAUAUGCAGAACGUUACUCCACCAUUUUGGACCUCCCCUGUGACAACGGACUCAUUGGAUACCCGGACCCUACCAUUUCGGCCAGCGUAAAUGGACCUAGCGUUGUUAACAGAGCUCCGACUUUGCUUCCGGGUCGCAAACUGGAUGCAGAGCCUUGGCUUGAGAGCGUAUACCCUCCACUAGGCUGCGUCCCGGAACUGGUCCCCAAAGCACCGUUGAGCGUAUCUGACAUGCCUGCAAGUGUGGUUAGCUCCCCUGGUGUUGGAGCUGGUAGCUUGCCCGAGUCCAGUUUCUCCAGCAAUACCUGUGGGAGCCAAACAAGUGCCCAGGAGUACAGCAACACCCUAUAUAGUGCCCCUUACUUGCACUCUGUGGGCUCCUAUAAUGGACCACUUCUCCACCCAGUUGCCUCCCAUCCCAAUUUGGUGCCAACUUAUGGUGCCAAUGCCUCACCCAGCCUUCCCACCUAUGGCUACCCAAGCACUGGAUACCCCUAUAGUCCUCCGUCCCCUUCUGCCACCUGCCUUUCUAGCAGCAUUGCACCAGCAACACCUCUGCCAGCAUCCAGCAUGACUGGCUACUCGUACCCAACUACCAGUCUGGUACCAUUGCCUGCUAGUGUUGCAGAUAAUGGUUCCCCAAGUUCGAGCAGCCUUGGCAAGCCCUAUUAUUCAGCUGGACCAGGAGACUUAAGAUCAUUUGAGGAGUUUGGUUUCGGUGGUACUUCUAACUCAGACAGUCAGUCAGCAAGCAGUCCGCUCUACAGGCCACCGGUGGGAAACGAAAGGCAUAAGGGAAACGGAUACGAGCAGUCGAGCGAUGGCACGUCCAUGGUCUUUAAACCUACCAAUCCCAGUGACUCACUCCGUAGCCUUGAGUCUCUUGCUCAAGGUAGUGCUGCAUCAGGACAGUGCUUUGCAGCAACUUCCUGCUCAGCCACCUCAUCAAAUCUGUACUCGUCUGCCUCGCACACACACCUCUGCCUCGACACCCACACGCCUUGUUGAAUCUUCACCC